GUUACUCUUCCUGAAUCAAACGAAGUUAAAGAUAUUCAAAGAGUUUUGGUGGAAAUUCCAUCCCUGGGAGGAGGAAUCUGUAGACGACGGUAAUAUAUAUAUAUAUAUAUAUAUAUAUAUAUAUAUAUAUAUAUAUAUAUAUAUAUAUAUAUAUAUAUAUAUAUAUAUAUAUAUAUAUAUAUAACCACUAAACCAUUCAUAUGUAAUAUGCACCUGAAGAACUUUGAAUAAAGUGAAAACGUUAGUGCAAAAACAAAAUGAAUGGUUAAAUCUUCAGUUGUCAGACCAGAAACAUUUUUAUAUAUAUAUAAAUGUGCACCUGAGGAGCUAACAUUAAAGCGAAAACGUUUGUGCAAAAUUUGAGUGGCUUUUAUUUUAUUUUACGUUAUAAAUGUCUCUUUUGGUUGCACAUUGAAACCUUUUCUAUAUUUGUGUUGUGUAUAUUUCAGAGAGAUAGAUUUACCAUCGUUGGAAAGAGAGAAAUACCUCGAAGAAGUACAGUAAGUUGUCUGACUUUCUUUUCAAUUUCCCAUGUUAUAGGUACAUAAGAAUUUUACAGUAUUAACCAUAGUAUAGGUGUAUGAAACUUAUACACAUAUGUUUCCAAAUGUCUGAAUCGGGCAACCCAUGCAAAUCAGAUAUCUAGAGUUUGAUUCCCGCGGUUAGGAUCUUCAGACCUAUAUAUUUGAAAUAAAUGCAUGUUGUUGGUUUGUACCAUGCUGUACCUUUAUUGCGGUAACUUUCAGGAGUAUUGUGGAUAUAAUUCUUCUAUUUCCUUUGUAGAGAUGGUCUAUAUCCACUGACCAUAAUGGAACGCAGACAAAGUCACGCAAAUAUUCAAAGGUGCAAACAUUAGUGGAAAAUUCUGGCAGAUACUUCGUUUGACCCUUAGCAGUUUUUGCACCGUAAUAAUUAAAGCUUUAAGUUUGCUCCACAUAAGUGAUGUCCAUAUCAGACUGUGGAGGGGAGGUUGACAAUCUCUUGACAUGGUCCAUUGCCCGGGGUUAGAGGUUAGGGGUGGGAGUAGGGAUCGAUACACUAUAGUGAGGGUCACAUGAAGCAUAUACCAAAACCUUCGGGAAUUACCGCUGCCAGGAGGUUCCUAACAACAUAGCUUUGCAGAGGAUUUCCUCACAUCUUGCCGGAAAUUUUUGCCAUCUUAUAGACUGGAAUGCCAUAUAAUUUACUUACUGUUUACAGCGUCUUGCAAGUCCAGAUUAUUACCACAGAGAAGAGAUAUACAGAGAGGAAACACGCGGCAAAUUGUGUCACGCCGAUAUAUUCAGUCUAUUAAUUAACUAUAGAAAAUGAUAUUAAUUCACUAUUUUAUCAAAUUUUGACCAUGCAGAGGAAAAAACUAUACAUAUUAUAGAAGUAUUCAUGUUUUUUUAUGCAAGAGUUAUAUUUUGAGGAAUUUAUAUCAUUUGCUGCUUUGUUUUUUAUAUAUAUGAGCAUCUGAAAGCCGUCCAGCCAGUGCUUUUCACGAUUUUAAUAAGGAGUAGAUAGAGAAAAAACAAACAUUUGCAAAAUAAAAUGUUAUGUUAACACUUUUAAUAAAAAGAAAUCAAUAAAAGUGAUCACUUACCGUUAUUCUACAAUAAUUUAUUGAACAAAACUUCCAUGGGUUUCUCAUUUUUUAAAAAAAAGCGAUUUUCACCUUUCGAACGGCGUUUUCCCUAUCUUUUGCUAUGAAAUUUCAGCGACGGCACUGGCUGGAAGAUUUUGCGUGGCGCGUGGAACCUGCGUGGAACGCGUGACACAAAAAUUCAGGUUAUCGAGGUGUCUGUUUCCUCUCUGUAUAUCUCUUCUCUGUGUUAUUACUUUGUGUCGAGAAUGGUCGAAAUUGAAGUUCAUCACAAUGUAUGCUACCUUCAUUUUUCUUUGCUAGACCUUUAACGCCAGAGGAGGGAGAGGCCGAGGAAAGUUCAAAUCCUCCCCCUGACGACAUAGAGACGAGACUGGUUAGUUGCAUAGUAAUCAUUGUUGACAGGGGAGGGUGUGCCUCGGUUUUUGUGAACGAAUAUACAAAGUAUCUGCUAACCUCUUUCCCAGGUGUUGAAUAUGAACUGCAAGACAAAAAUCUCUGAAAAUCCCGGAAAACGGAUGGUAGGGAAUGGUUAUGAUUAUUCAUGUCCUUUUAAGACCUGGUCAAACGCGAAUGUUUUAUCGUACUUUAUGUGAAACGCAAGGAUCUAAAUAGUUGUGUUUUGAAGGAGUUGGGAGUGAUUUAUCAAGGGAAAGGUUUAUGCAAAUCAACAGAAUGCUGUUUAUUAAUUUAACAACUCAUUAAACAAGACUAAUUCUUUUGAGUUUUUUUCAUGAUUUACAAAAAAUUGAAUACUCGAAAUAAUAACUACAUUAUAAUUUAAUUUAUUUGAAAUUACAUGAAAUAAUGAUCACUGUUUAUUCGUAUGCUUGUUCAUUUCUUGAGCGUAUGCUUGAUCACUGUUUAUUCGUAUGCUUGUUCAUUUACUUUACAGUUAAUACUUCAUCUUCAAAUGGACGAUCAGAUGAACAGACUGCUAACAUGCGAUCUGGAAUCAGGUGUGUUUAAGAAGUCAGAUUUUACUCAAAUCGGCUUUCAACAUGCACAUUUUAUGAUUGCAUGUAAAACCCGCAUAGAAGAACCACAAUUAUAAUGUCAUGCUGAAAUGAUUCUUAUAUAAUUGCUACUUGGCGAGAAAUCAGUCCGAGUUGGUUCUUAUUUCUAGUCAAAAACAAUUGUUCCUAGAACAUGCAUGCUUUCUACUUUAAUUAAAGCACAACAGUUAAGGGUUUUUUUAAGAACCGGCCUCAUUUGGUAGCCUGAAGUAUUGUAGGUCUUGUACCCAGCCUUGGCUAUCUCUGCGUCGUUUUCAUGAUUUGAGACAUAAAAGUUUACUGUUUGUUUUGUUACAAGUGAUACAUUUACGAAAUCAUAUAGUUAUAUAUAUUGAUGUAUUGAAAUAAGUCACUGGGCUAAACGAAACUUCAAAUUCUGGUUAACAGAUCUCAAAUGUUGUAGAGAAUAUCUUGAGUAUUAUUGCUGCUUGAAUAACCCUUCGUUUACAGUUAACUAUUAAUAAUCUGUCUCUAGAAAAUAAUGAAGUUUUUUGCUGAAUCGUGCACCUUGACUUAUUUCAAUACAUCGAAAUCGUCCCGCCUCAUAUCUUGUCCUGGCAAAGCGAGGAUCAUAUAAACAGCCCCUUAUAAUUAUAUUCAGCAAAUUGCGGAUGCUGCCUUUGAUCCUUUGGGAGUGAGGCAGCACUUUCCUUGCGAUAGUAACUACUAGUAUUAGAUAAUAUAAAAGAAAUUUACAUAAUUAGGUCAUCAAUCCCAAAAACGGGGUUCUAUAGUGAAGACUAGGUACUUUCCGGAAAGGUUUAUUGCCUAAAUUCUAGACCGGUGGUUGAUCCAAUGCUAUGCGGGUUUUUACUUCAUUUACAUUAAUUCAUGCAACGCAUCAAUAAUGGAUUUUACACUCGAUUCGUAGAAGAAAAAGCUGGGGAACUAGCGGAGGAUUUAGUUAAGCAUGGAUUUAUUAAUCCGGUAAGUGUUAGUGAUUAAGGUAAUUUAUAAUUCUAGUUUUCUAAUCACAGAAAUUGUAAAAUCUUAUAGUACAUUCCAUAUAGUUGGGAACACAGCAUGGGAAAUAUUUACAUAGUUGAAUCACAUCAAACUUUCAAAAUUACGAAUUAGUUUUUUUUACCUUACUAGGCUGAUAAGGAACGUAUCUCAACUUUAAUGCAGACUCACUUGAAACGGUAAGAAUUUUUAUUACACGAGAAACCGCUUCUUAUCUGGUUUUUACAAGAAGGAGUAUAUAGCUUGUUGAAAAACGAGACGGCAACCAUACUAUUUUUCUUUUUUUCCAGCGAGGUGGCUGUUGCCUGAAUUGUUUACCCAAAUUCUGUUGGAAAUCAAAACAGAUGCGAUGCAAGUCAAAUAUUUGUAAAUAUUUCUGGAGGUUAUAUUGAGCGCCUGGAGUUUAUUAGGAACUGUUCGUCAAUUAUUCCUGUAGGGUUGGUACCGAAGACAUGCAUGCACUUGUAUAGGUGUUAAAUCUUUUACUAAAUUCAAAGUUGGGUAAAAUCGUACGUUUGAACCUGUUUUUCUACUGCAGUCCAAGUCGUUAGCCAUGUGUUACAACCAGGAAAAAUUAAAUGCAUUUAUAUAGCAUUUCUUAGGACUGAAAUACAGUAGAACUGUUGACAUACUUCGUGGUACAAUUCGUGGUUGAAUUAAAAUGAUUUUAGAUAUAAGCUUGAAGUUGGGAAAAUAAAAAUUUAAAUAGUCUUCGAUGGUAAUCCAGGUAUAAUUUAUGAACUGCCCCCUAUCAUUACAGGCCCUAUCUAAGAAUUAUAUUGUAAAUUAUCACAAAUAUGUGUGUCUUGGUCUUUUGUUCUCGUAAUUCAUUACGUAAUUCGGUACAAUUAAUUUCGGUUCAUCCAUGAUCUUGUCAAACUCGCACAACUUCAUCUGAAAAUGUGAA